AUGGACAGCGUGCUCGUCAUCGGCGCGGGCGAGCUCGGUCUCUGCGUGCUCCAGGCCCUCGCCGCCCACCCCAAGCGGCACCACGUCAAGGUAUCAGUGCUCAUGAGACAGGCCACGCUGGAUUCGGCCGCGCCCGCCAAGAAGCGAAUCGUGCAAAGGAUCAAAAACCUCAACGUCCACUUCGAGUCCGCAGACGUGGUGCUAGCCGGCGUGCAGGAGCUGGCGGGCAUCUUCACCAACUACCACACCGUGGUGUCCUGCUCGGGGAUGGAGCUGCCGGGCGGCACGCAGACGAAGCUGGCCGAGGCGGCGCUGCGGGCCAGAGUGCGGCGGUACUUGCCCUGGCAGUACGGGAUGCGGUACGACGUCAUCGGGGAGGGCAGCUCGCAGGACCUGUUUGACGAGCAGCUCCUCGUGCGGCGGAUGCUGCGGGCGCAGAGCGAGACGCAGUGGGUGAUUGUCUCGACGGGCCUGUUUAUGAGCUUCCUGUUUGCCGAGGACUUUGGGGUCGUCGACCUGCGGCGCGGCGUCGCCCGGGCGCUGGGGAGCUGGGACAACAGGAUCACGGUGACGGCGGCGCCGGACAUAGGGCGGGUGGCGGCCGAGGUGGUGCUCGACCCGAGGGGCGUUGGCAACGAGGUUGUUCUCACGGCUGGCGAUACCGUGUCCUACGGGCAGCUGGCGGACCUGCUGGACGAGCACUUUGGCACCAGGUUCGCGAGGGAGCUGUGGGACGUGGACACGCUGAGGGGGCAGAUGGCCGAGGACCCGAGUGCCGUGGUCAAGUAUAGGGAUGUCUUUGCCCGCGGGAGGGGUGUGUCGUGGGACAAGGACAGGACGUUGAACUUUGAGAGGGGGAUGGAGCUGCUGGAUGUGAAGGGGUAUUUGGACAGCGUGAAUUUCAAGGUUGGCGAGGCGUAG